GGACCCCUCAUCCUGGGCUGCAGACAUUGUGUCCUCACGUGGAGGGAGGGGGCUCUUAUCAAGGGCACUCCACUCUCAAGACCUGAGCACCGCCCCCGCCCCCCAACAUUGAACCUUAGGUCAUUUGGAGGCACAGACAUUCAGAGCAGAGCAACAGGCAUACUUUAUGAUAUACUGUUUCCCUUCAGUACUUAGAGGUCAUCCUGAGUAGAGCUCUUCCACUUUCUGUUUUCAUGUUUCUCUGGAAUUCACUGGGUGGGAAUCUUGUCCCCUUCUCUGCCCCUCCGUACCUCAAACAAUUGCCCGGGGGUUUGAGUUAAUCUCAUCAGAUGAGGUGACACUUGAGUUACAUGCUCUCUUGAACCUUGCUGUCCUCCGAAGGCCCUCAGAGGAGCUGUGUCAUCUCAGUCUGGUGUGCCUACUGCUGUGGACAAGGACUCACAUCCCCUCGUGGUCCUAGGGUCAUUGUUGUGCAACAGGAGCAUCGUGAACACCUCCAUAUCCUGUUCUUUCGCUGACCUGUCUGGCCGCUUGGCGCAGCCUGAAUCUUGGUCUUUGUGGUGCGGGACUGGUUUAGAGAAGGACUGGUGGAUUUGGUGGCAGCACUAUCUUGGAGUCUGUUCUGAAACCACACAAUUCAUGUGGGAUUCGAACUCAUGAGCUGAGACUCGAACCCACUGUCUCUUAAUUGAAACCACACACCUUUGCUCAGGACUUACUGAAGCUCAGGUUCUGUGUCUCUCAGUGCAGAAGGAAGGAAUUCACAGCAGGAUGCAAAGUGAUAGGUGAGAAGUGGAUUUAUUUAGAGAGAUACACAUUCCUUAGAGUGGUGUCUGUCUCAAAAUGCCCUGAAAUGUAAGGUGGUUAGUUUCUGUGGGCUGUGUAGUUUCAUAGGCUGCUGAAUAGGAGGAUUAAUUUCAGGGAGGGCCAGGGGCUUCCAGGAAUUCAGGAAUUGGACCACUGCCCACUUUUCACUUUCUGGUCAUCUGGCCUUGGAACUGUGGGGACUGUGGGUGUGUUGUCAUUUAGCUGAUGUAUUGCAGUGAGCAUAUAAUGAGGCUCAGCCUCCACUGGAAGGGGAGCCUUCCGCCAUCUUGGGCCUAGUUGGUUCUAACCAGUUUAUGUCUCAUCUUUAAGGGUUGUGCUCAGUCCCCUUCCCUUCUGGUUUCAAGUCCAUCUGAGGAAGGCGUGCAUUGCCCAGAGCCCUACACGCUUCUCCGAUACCGUCUCCCUCAGACGUGCCACGGCCCAGAUGAUGGCAGCGGCCCGGCUCCUGCCGCCACCAGCGGUGCCUCAGGCCAAGGUGACCUUCGAGGACGUGGCUGUGUUCCUCUCCCAGGAUGAGUGGGACCGUCUGGGCCCCGCCCAGCGUGGCCUCUACCGACACGUGAUGAUGGAGACCUAUGGGAAUGUGGUCUCCGUGGGAAUUCCAGGAUCCAAGCCCGAGGUGAUCUCCCAGCUGGAGCGAGGAGAGGAGCCGUGGGUCCUGGACAAGCAGGGCAACGAGCAGCUCAGGGGCUGGGGCAUCAGCCGCUCAGGAUGUGAGCACAAGGAUCAGGACCAGAACGCAGACUCCAGCCUGAGGCCGCUCACUUCAGAGGAGAUAUCAAUGAUUCUGAGGAAAACGCCUGCUGAGUGGAGUGAUCCGGGAAGUUACGAACCUGAGCAGAGUUUCUGUCUGAGUCCCAGCCCUGCCGGCCCCCCUGAAGGCCAGGCUGUGAGCCCCAGCGCGCCGGUCGCCCAGCGCCCGGCCGUUCCUGGCGGGGAGAGGCCCUACCGGUGCGUGGAGUGCGGGAAGUGCUUUGGGCGGAGCUCCCACCUGCUGCAGCACCAGAGGACGCAUACUGGGGAGAGGCCCUAUGUGUGCGGUGUGUGUGGCAAGGCCUUCAGCCAGAGCUCGGUGCUCAGCAAGCACAAGAGGAUCCACACGGGCGAGAAGCCCUACGCGUGCCACGAGUGUGGAAAGGCCUUUCGAGUGAGUUCGGAUCUCGCUCAGCAUCACAAGAUACACACAGGGGAGAAGCCACACGAGUGUCUCGAGUGCCGCAAGGCCUUCACGCAGCUCUCGCACCUCCUGCAGCACCAGCGCAUCCACACUGGCGAGCGGCCGUACGUGUGCGGUGUGUGCGGCAAGGCCUUCAACCACAGCACUGUGCUGCGCAGCCACCGGCGGGUGCACACGGGGGAGAAGCCGCACGAGUGUGCAGAGUGUGGUCGCGCCUUCAGCGUGAAGAGGACCCUGCUCCAGCACCAGCGGGUGCACACCGGGGAGAAGCCCUAUGCCUGCGGCGAGUGUGGCCGCGCGUUCAGUGACCGCUCCGUCCUCAUCCAGCAUCACAGCGUGCACACUGGCGAGAAGCCGUACGAGUGUGGCGAGUGUGGCAAAGCCUUCCGGCACCGCUCCACCCUCCUGAACCAUGAGCGCAUCCACACGGAGGAGAAGCCGUAUGGCUGCUACGCCUGCGGCAAGGCCUUCGUGCAGCACUCCCACUUGACCCAGCACCAGCGGGUCCACACCGGGGAGAAGCCCUACGUGUGCAGCGAGUGCGGCCAUGCCUUCAGCGCCCGCAGGUCCCUGGUCCAGCACCAGCGGGUCCACACCGGCGAGCGGCCCUUCCGCUGCGCACAGUGUGGCAAGGCCUUUAGCUUGAAGGCCACGCUGAUUGUGCACCUGAGGACCCACACGGGCGAGAGGCCGUACGAGUGCAGCCGCUGCGGCAAGGCUUUCAGCCAGUACUCGGUGCUCGUGCAGCACCAGCGCAUCCACACGGGCGAGAGGCCGUACGAGUGUGCGGAGUGCGGCCGCGCCUUCAACCAGCACGGCCACCUCAUCCAGCACCAGAAGGUGCACAGGAAGCUGUGACCAUGCCUGUACGUGAAGCCACACUUGGGAGCCCGGGCUCCCAGCCCUGGGAAGCCUCCAGUCCCGGCGAAGCCCCUGCCGGUGACACCCAGUGUCACCGAGGAACUCACGGGCAACACCGAAGCGUCUCUGUAAGAACUUCAGAGGACACCUCAUUUGCUUCUCUCACCGUCUUGAAGUUACGUGGCAGAGUAGUCUCACAAUGUAAUGAGUUUUGAUAAAGACAGCUACUAUUCAUUAUUAACGUUAGUUAGAAAUGAGAAACUAAAGGAAGUUUCAGCAUAAGGACCACUGUCCCAGCAAAACUUCCUCACGCUCCAAAUAAAGGUUUUUUUUCUUAGAAUAUUAUAUGCCUUUCCUAAAUACAAUGGUGGUUCUGAUUAUUGCACUUAAAAUUGGGAUGUUGGACUAUAUUUUCAGUAAUUCUGUUAAACAGUAAAGUACUGUGUAGAUAAAAUGGUAUUAAAAAUA